CUUUGUGGCUCUGGUUUGCCCUAUUCUCCCCCACCCCCUCCUCUUUUUUUCUUUUUUUCCCUCUUCUCCAAGGAAUCUGGAAAUAAAAAUUAAACCCUUUCUUUUUCCUUAAUCCUUGAAAAAUUAGAAAUUUUCCUGUUCCAAAAACCAAUAGAUUCAAAUCGGAGUUUUUGAUCUCUGCUUCUACUAUAUACCGAGAAUUCGGGAAUAUACAGAAGAAGCUCAAUGGUUGAGGCAGAGCGCUCGGAGAAUAUUUGGGUUGCUUCUGAAAUGUCGUCUUCGUCGUCGUCUCCGGCGGCAAUAGAAAGCCGUGAUUUUUCGAUCAUUGAUUCGCCUGUUGGAAUAAGAGAUGAUGUGAAAGGAUUUGGUAUAGCUCCUCAGCCUCAGCUGGACAAGGUUUUGUCGAAGAACGAUCUCGGAUUCACGGAAAGGGUUUUCUCGGCCGCCGGAGCUGCGGUUUUGUCCGCCGUUACUUUAAAUCCUCUCGACGUUGUCAAGACUCGAUUGCAAGCUCAAGCCGCCGGAAUAUCCUACUCUCACCCUCUAAGUAACUCCAUUGGACGCAUGGCAUAUUUUGGACCAAACAUGAUGUUUGCAGACUUGAGAUGUUCUCCUUCAUGUGCACGCGCUGGUGUUCAAGGUACUGUUUCUAUUUGCCCGCCGGAUUGUUUCCAGUACAAAGGAACAUUUGAUGUCUUCACCAAGAUCAUACGACAGGAGGGCCUGGCACGCCUGUGGAGAGGGACUAACGCUGGUCUUGCUGUAGCUGUGCCCAUGGUUGGGAUAUAUCUCCCAUUCUAUGAUAUGUUUCGCAACCGACUGGAGGAAUUCUCUCGGGAGAAAGCUCCUUCUAUGACAUGGUGUAUGCCUGUUGUGGCAGGGUCCUUAGCGCGGUCACUAGCUUGUACAGUAUGCUAUCCUAUUGACCUUGCAAGAACGCGCAUGCAGGCAUUCAAAGAAGCAAAAAGCGGUAUGAAGCCUCCGGGAGUUCUAAAAACUCUAGUUGGUGUAGUCUCUGAAGUCAGGGCAGCCAAUAACUUUGAAAGUAGUUUGCACAACUAUCGUGUUCUCUAUAGAGGCUUGGGUGCACAGCUUGCCCGUGAUGUUCCAUUCUCAGCAAUCUUGUGGGGGACCCUCGAGGCAAUGAGAAGAAGGCUUCAUGGAGUUGUGGGCGAUGAUCCAAAUCUUCUUGGUGUUUUCGGUGCAAACUUUUCUACUGGUUUCGUUGCUGGAAGUAUCGCUGCUGCUGCUACUUGUCCUCUUGACGUUGCGAGAACAAGAAGACAGAUAGAGAAGGAUCCUGGGAGGGCAUUGAUAAUGACAACGCGACAGACACUAAUAGAGGUUUGGAGGGAUGGAGGGAUGAGAGGACUCUUCACGGGAAUGGGUCCACGAGUGGCACGUGCAGGACCAUCGGUAGGGAUAGUGGUAUCCUUCUACGAAGUGGUGAAGUACGUUCUGCAUCACCAUGCUUCAUCAUGACCCAACAAAGUCACUAAUCACCUACACAUGAAUGUGGAUAUACGGCUUUAGGUUGUAGCUGUUUUGUUUUAAUAACUUAACCGAAUAAGUUAAACAGGCUCAGUUCUCGAGAAACCUGUGUUUCAUCCUUUUAUGAGCCGAAAUUUUGUCCAGUUAUUAAAUUACCGGCUGUCUAAUCUGGUUUUUUGUCGGUUCGAUC